CAGACGGCAGCAAGUCGCAUCUGCCGUCAAGUGCCAAACAGUGCAAAAUGUUCAAGUUCGUAGUGUUAUUAUCAGUGACGGCCUUAGCUAGUGGCCAGUCCGCAUCUGGCUUAGUGAAGAACAUUUAUAAUGAAUGUCUAAGCCAAUAUUCAGUGGAGUGUGUGAAACCGAGGACCCUGGAGUGGAUCUCACAAGUUGCGAACGAUGAUGAGAUCAAGAUUACGGAUAAUAUGUCUAUAUUCAGAACGGCGAUAGCUGAAGAAGAAGAUGUUGAUCCAAGGAUGGCUAAAGACCCAAAUUACGCAAUGUUUAAUAGUGUUGAACGUUUUAUUGAGACACAUUCUUUAAGAGUGAAGGUACCUGAUGAAAUUGCCCGCAGUGCUGCUUCGGAAUACGUGCCCCGAUCUCUUCUGAUGGACUUACCGUCUGAGUUGGACAUGCCAUUGGAUGGUGAAGAGGAGGUGGAAACUUUCGAAGGCAGGAAGAAGAAGAUCAAGCUCCCCAAGCCUUUGAGAAUCAAGAGCAAACAUGGAUUCAUCAAGAAGGUGAUUCUGCCAUUCCUCCUGGGUCUUAAAUUCAAGACAGCUGUUCUCGUUCCGUUGGCGCUGGCUCUGAUUGCUAUGAAGACAUGGAAGGCUUUGACUCUUGGUCUCAUCUCCUUGGUUCUUUCAGGUGCCAUGGUAAUCUUCAAGUUCACUAAACCCAAGGUUGUGAACUACGAAGUAAUUCACUACCCUCAGCACCAUGUGGAACACCAUGUUGACCACCAUGCCCCAGCCUGGGAUGCUCAUGGGCCAUACCAGCGAUCAUACGAAGAUGCCCACGACAUCGCCUACGCAGGGCAACUAUAA